CCGAAGCCCGAGAACGCCAUCACCAUCGCGGUGUCAUCGCGAGCGCUUUUCCGCAUGGAAGAGGAGCAGAAGAUUUACAACGAGCAAGGGGUGGAGGCCUACGUGAAAUAUCAGCUGGACCAUGAGAAUGAGCCCUUCCUCCCUGGAGCUGCCUUCCCCUUUGUCAAGGCGCUGGAAGCAGUGAACAUGCAGCUGCGGGAGCUCUACCCCGACAGCGAGGAACUCUUCGACAUCGUCCUCAUGACCAACAACCAUGCCCAGGUUGGAGUUCGCUUGAUCAACAGCAUCAACCACUAUGGUCUGUUCAUUGAGAGGUUCUGCAUGACGGGAGGGAACAGCCCCAUCUGUUACCUCAAGGCCUAUCACACCAACCUCUACCUCUCCUCUGAUGCUGAGAAAGUGAGUGGGGCCAUUGAAGAGGGGAUCGCUGCAGCCACCAUCUUCAGCCCCAGCAAAGACGUGGAAGUGUCAGAGAACCAGCUGCGGGUGGCAUUUGAUGGUGACGCCGUGCUCUUCUCUGAUGAGUCGGAGCAGAUUGUGAAGGCUCACGGCUUGGACAUGUUCUUUGAGCAUGAAAAGGCUCACGAGAACAAGCCUCUGGCACAGGGACCCCUGAAGGGCUUCCUGGAGGCCCUGGGGAAGCUGCAGAAGAAGUUCUAUUCCAAGGGGCUGAGGAUGGAGUGUCCCAUUCGCACCUACCUGGUCCCUGCCAGGAGUGCGGCCAGCUCGGGAGCCCGGGCCCUAAAGACUCUGCGUAGCUGGGGCCUGGAGACGGAUGAGGCUUUGUUCCUGGCCGGAGCUCCCAAGGGGCCGCUGCUGAAGAAGAUCCGUCCUCACAUCUUCUUCGAUGACCAGAUGUUCCACGUGGAGGGAGCCAAGGAGAUGGGCACCAUCGCUGCCCAUGUCCCCUACGGCGUCGCGCAGAAGCACAAGCGGCCGGCGCAGGAGAAGCAAACCCCGAACAGCAAGUAGCGGAGCUGGCUGGUCCCACGGCCCCCGGGGUGCGGCUCAGACUUCACCCCAUGCACCACGCUCUGACCUGGGCUGUGGUCUGCAAGGCAGAGAGCAUUUGCCCUGGCGAGCGUGAGGUUAUUCCCCAGCGGGAGCCUUGUCGGGAGCACGGAUGGAGGAGGGGGCUGACAAAAGGCUUCCUUUCGCCUAUGUAUUUGUUGCAAUGUUGUGGCAUUGUCCCUGUUCCUCAUGGGGCAAGAGGUUCCCCUGCACCGGGCAGCCCCAUGAGUUUCCCCGUUCAUCUGCACACUCUGCACUUGCUUCAGGCAAAAUCUCUUGAGGAUGGAUUUCUCUUUUUGUGGACUGUUUGAGCCAGGCAGGUUUAAGCUGUUGGCAUUUCUUUAAAACCCCUGGCAAUUCCCAAGGCCUUUGACUUACAAAGCAAAUGUUCAGGCUCAACUGUUGAACUGGAAAGUUGGGAGCACACAAAAACCCUUCUUGCAGCUUUGAAACAAAAUGUUGUCCCUUUUAACUAAAAUUAAACCAUAACAUUGUUCCUUUACAGACCCAGCUCCCCAACCAGAAAAUCUUUCAUGUCUUUGUCCUUUCACCAAGAUUUUUGUCAGCUGAACGGCUUUCCUUUCAUGCACUAAAA